CACAAUGUGUUCAUGCAUUUUCGUAUAUACGUAUCGCGUUGAUGCGUCGUGGUCAAUGAGAAUAAUGCCUCGACAGUAGUGCAAAAUCUCGAGUUUUCGGAAGUGGGGAAAAACGAGUGUGUGCGAGAAAGCAAGAGGAAGAGAGGGGGAGAGCGAGAGAGGUUCGAAAUUAUAGGACGUCAGGAAUCCUCUCUCGGGUCGGUGUUAGAUCUUGGGUUUGUUCUCGCGUUCGUGUGGGUCCAGUAUCUCUUCGUAAAUACCUCAAAAAGAAGAAAAAAGAAAAGAAAAUUUCACGGAAAACAUGGCUGAAGCAGUUGUCGAGGGGAAUCCAAUGUCCCGAUUUUUUUGUCACAAAUGCAGUGUUGAAAUUGAAAUUUUGCUACCUGAUUACACAUGUCCGUAUUGCACAUCCGGUUUCAUAGAGCAAUUGGGAGGAGGAGGAAGCGAAGAUAUGGAAGAUGAUUCCAACUCAGAUUCAAGGCCAUAUCUUCAUAGCUCUAGCAUAGAGAUCAGUGGAGACGAUUUGAGUGAUCUCCACAUCGACCUGGUACAAACACCGACAGUUGGAAUGCUUCUCGAUGUAAUGGGACCACUUCGACAAAUAGCAGAAUUAUCAUCAAACGGUAGUGACGCCUCACAGGGAACAAGAGGAGUCCAGGGACAGCAGGACAAUCUGGAUCGCAGAAAUCGCACAACGAUGCAACUUCAUCGACCAACCAGACAUGUGCUAGUUGAGGAUUUGGUGGAAAAUUUUGUUCGAAAUCUUUCCGGCUUUGGACUUCAUCUUCCAACUGCGCAAGGUGGACCAGUUCAACCAUUUCUGUUUUUGGGAAAUCCUGGCGACUACGUCUGGGGUCGAGAUGGAUUGGACACGAUUGUAACACAAUUGCUCAACCAAAUGGAUGGUAGUGGACCACCCCCUCUGCCUCGUAAAGAAAUCGAUGAAAUUCCAAUUGCUACCGUAUCACAAAACCAAAUUGAUAUCAAGCUCCAGUGCUCGAUCUGCUGGGAGGAUUUCAUUCUUGCUGAGCUCGUUAGACAACUACCGUGUAAACAUAUUUAUCACACGCCCUGCAUUGAACCAUGGCUUGAACUCCACGGAACUUGUCCCAUUUGUAGACAAAGUUUAGGGGAUCAAAGUUCAGCUGACGCAAAUCGCGACACUGUAGGUCCAAGUCUAGCGGCCCUUUUCAGGGCAGCGAAUCAAACGAGUAAUGGAAGAACCCCAUCAGCGCCGUCGUCGUCGACGUCUGACGAGUAGUUUGAAAAAUACUGAAACACAAAGAGGAUAUAAAAAAAAGUAAGGGAAAAAUGUCCAAUAAUGGACUCGAAAGAGAAAAUACGAAGAAUGAGAGAAAGAAUUUAAUUAAUAUUAUUAUAUGUACAGUGUCGCUCCCGUACUGUAGGCUGGUAACGCGUUUCGCACACGUCUGUAAAACCCUAACUUUCCAUUCGCAUUUUCUCCUUUUUCGUUUUUCCCCACUAUUUUUCUUUUGAAAACUACCGUGAAGUUGAGUUCUUUUAGCCGGUAGAAAUAUGAAACUGAGUGAGCAAAAGCAAAAUGAUUUAUUUGAUUGUUACUUCACAUCGAAAUACAUUGAUGUAAAAUAAUGGAAGAACUAUAAACAAGAAAAAUAAUUCGGUAUACUCUUUCAACCAACAAUUAAUCACUAAUUAGACCAAAAUGAUUGAUUAUAACUUUUAUUAAGCUAAUUCUUUCUCGAACGAUUGGGAUUAUUUCAAGAUUGAAUAAAUUCUUUCAAUUCCGAAAUGUGAAUCUUCCAUUAUUAUUUAUUUCGUCAAUUUAUUGCAACAGAUUUUCAUUCACAUUCUAUUGAAUCUUUGAGAAAAUAGAUUGUUACUCUAUUCUAAUAAAAUUCGCUUAUGGCCCGAAAAUCAAUGCAAAUUAAAACGAAAAAUGGAAAAUUCUUGAAUUUAUAGAAAUAAACAAAUCGCUGCAGACCACAUGGAAAUGUAGAUAAUUUUUUUUCAAUACGAUUCACUGAAAAAAACUCGUGAAGAAUAUUCCUGCAUUAUAAAUGAUCCUUGAAACACUAGCACACCACGAAUGAAAAAAAAAAUUGUGUAUAAUCUUGUUGAAACGUGCUGUAACGAGAGGCUACGUUGAAUAAAAAGCAUUGAUAACAAUUUGUCUUCUACUGGAGCGAAGAAAAUCGAAUAAAACGAAAAUUAGCAAACGAAGUUAUUUUCAUAUACAAUGGAUUAAAAAAAAAAUCAUUUUUUCAACAAAUGCUAAACAGAAAAUUCUCUUUGUAAUGUUGACCGAGAUCGAGCAGCUUUUCAAUCGACCCUCGCCUCGAGUUUUUUGCCUGCAAAUCAUAUAAAUAUAUAUAAUUGUAGGAUAAUUAGAUAGAAACAAGAAAUCUUCGAAUAAAUGAGCAAAAAAUGCUUACCCAGACAUUUAAGCUAUAAUUAUAGGUUGUAAAAAUUAUAUAAUACACCAUUUUCCUGAUCUACGAAGAAUUAGACGCAGAGUCCCAACUUUCCAUUGCAAACGAAUGAAUUAAACGAAAUCAAUUCUUCUCGAAGCCUAUCUUUCGCAAUGUCUUUAAUUACAAUAAAUGAAAAUUGGAAAACCACUAUCAACUUCGAAAAAUUGAAUACACAAAUUUGAAUGGUUGGAAAAUUUAUUUUUUCGCUAAUCAUCAUCGAAAGUUCCUAAUUACAAUAGAAUUCGUAGGAACAUGUAAAUCAUGUUGAAAAAUCGACUAUUUCGAAGCUUGAAAAUUGAAAAAAUAUAAUUUAUGAAUUCGAACGAGUAAAAUUAAUUGUGUGUCUAGAGUUAUUGACAUAAUUUCGAUCGACCAAAUAUACUGAAUAAAACUGUAAUCUGAA